AAACCAAACAUUUUGUACCAUCGUCUUAAUCGAUUAAUUCGAUUAGGAUUUUCCUCACAUGCACACCACUAGUUAUAUCUCUUUUCAUUUCGUCAAGUCAAAAUGAAGAUCGGUCUCUGCGCCUACAGUGGAUACAAGAUCUAUCCUGGCCAUGGAAAAACCAUGGUUAAGGUGGACGGCAAGACUUUCACAUUUUUGAACUCAAAAUGUGAAGCCGCUCAUCUGAUGAGGAGAAAUCCUCGUAAAGUAACAUGGACCGUCCUGUACAGGCGCAAGUUCAAGAAAGGCCAAGAGGAGGAGCAAGCCAAAAAACGCACUAGGAGGACCCAGAAAUUCCAGCGGGCUAUUGUUGGUGCCUCACUCAGUGACAUCAUGGCCAAGCGUAACAUGAAGCCAGAAGUACGCAAAGCACAAAGAGAACAGGCAAUUAAAGCUGCAAAAGAACAAAAGAAGUCUACUAAAGCGGCCAAGAAAGCUACAGCGCCGGCACCUAAAGCCAAGGCACAGCCCAAAACUAAGGCCGCCAAAGUCAGUCAGAAAUCUGCACCAAGGGUGGGAGGAAAGCGAUAAGAACCUGUAAUAAAUAAUGUUUUAACAUG